UGGUAUCAGCGUAUCAAACUGCUGAGCCAUAAGGCGAGCCCGGCAGAGCUCCCUGCAAAUUUGGACCUAUUAAUACUGUUGUACUCCUCGGAAUCUGCAAGUACUUCCCAGAAAUAGAUGAUUUCUUCCCAUGCUUCAUUGAUUUGAUGUACAGGUGAGAAUUCAUAAGCCAUGCCUGAGAGUGAAGGCGUAAGUCUGUGAAGUGACUGUCGACGGCGAAGAGAAAAGAAGCGUUGCUGACGUGAUGAAGCCAUAGAACAGCCCUAAAAGGCUUUAUUUCGACGACAUUCACCAACUAACCAUCAGUUAUCCCCAAUGAAUGGAGUCCUCGCGAUCUCAUCCCAGCCACCAAGAGUGUGCCCAAAUAACAAGCUGCUGGUUAUGAAUACUCCUCCUUUAUUUGAAUGACGGGUUCCGAGGACCGAUGGCUGGUGGCUAUCGAACUAGCUAGCUAGUCAACAUCUCAGUCGAUCCCCCUAACUAACGACUCCAUAACUAGACUGCGGGAAAAAGAGCCGCAGAAAGCCAUAUCUGCAGCAAAGCAAGAUAUUCGAACAAGAAGCCCGUUCUAAUGCGGUCCAGGGCUUCAAAAAUGACGAGGCCUUAAGCUCCAUUCAGACAUUGCACCGUUAUAACGCGAAACUCGAUCUCGUCUGCACGCAAUAUCGUAUUUCUCGGGGGAAAGAUGAGCGACAUGCCAAUCAGCGCCACCGGAAUCCGAGGAGCUUCACAUCUUCGUAUAACUACGGAGUCGUGACAGUGACUAGAGGCUGAAACUGGCCUAAAAUUCAGUCUUGACCCUUCUUACCCCUGGACGACUAUCAUCAUCUGUCUCGCCCUGUGGUCGACGUUGACUCUUGGAUACGAAGCAGCCCUCGUAUACCCUGUUGAAGUCACACUUGACUGGUUGAGCCGCAGUCAGACGUGGGCAUCCAUCCACUUUCGAGGCGUUUGGCGCAGUGCUUAUUCUCACUUUGAUAUCCCACACUUGCAUCUCUCGUGGCAAUCAGGGGGAGACAGAAUAUUCCAUCUCUGGCUGGUGCUACGUGCCUUUUGAUUCAGGGGAGUAAUCGACGAUUAUCGCGCAGGGCCCAGUGGUUGGGGUGGCUAUCUGCUAGUUAAGCCAUCGUUACCCAAAUUCUGACCCGUCCAUGCAUAAAGAACAAAAGUGAUAGACCCUUGUCGGUUUACUUGUGAAUCUUGAUUUUCGAGAUGUAAUUGGCUCAUCACACGCAACCCGGCAGGAGUAAGAUGUUACCCUUUAUCUGAGCCCGUAUAAACGGCGCAAUGGGUGUGGUGCGAGAAAUUAUGCCGCUAUAUAUAGAUAUAUAUAGGGGAAAGGGAGGGGAUAGUCCCCCUUUUCAGUUCUUCUGAGCGUGUUCCCCUCUUGUAUCGCAAUUUUCUGCGUCUCUUCGACUCUAUACCAGCAGUCUAUGGUCAUUAUUACGGCUCCAAGGAGAUACCGUGCAAAAUGGUACACCUAGGGGAGCUCACAGUCGGUUCGGUUUCCGGCAUGAUCGCCGCGGCCAUCUUCUUUGGUAGGCUUCGCCCUUUGGCAACUCAAUUUUCAGGAGAUUCGUCAGGUCAAUACUAAUAAUAAUGGAUUAACCAGUCCAGAUUACUGUACCACUGGCCCUUCCACUUAUUCUCCUCGGUUUACUUACGGAGAGGAACUCCUCCAUCACCCUUUCUGCCGCGUCUUGGUAAGUCCUCAGGUCGGAUGUCAUGGUGCAUCUUGCGCUUACAUGUUAGCAACUAGGUCCGUGGCUGGCAGGUUCUUCCACUCUUCCCUCUGGCCUCGAAUUCUCCGUUCAGACUCUGCAUCAACAACUGGCCUGCCUCGAAGUAUCGUAAGUAUUACAUUGCUCAGCACCAUUACGACAAUCCUUUUCGGUCUCACUGCUACUGUGACUCCACUGGGCUUGUAUGAAGGAGUGUCUCCGAGGAAGGAUACCAAACUUGUGGAUUUCCACUACGUCAAAGACACCUCGCCUAUCGGCUAUGGCACACCAGCACGAGGCAAUGUGCGGUUCAGCCGCAUCUGCGGGGGGUUUACUCCCCAGGUAUGCCCUCACUCGAACGGCAAUUUGACCUCGACCGAAGACUCCACGGGAGAACAUGUCAGUGGCGAUUGGUAUGACACCAGGAUCCCUCAGCGUGUGAUAGAUAUGUUCCAAAGCGGCCUGUCCUCCCAACAGAGCUCUGUAUCAAGUAUAUUCGAUAUCCAGUGGCGAUCAUAUACCUACUCGAAGAUUGAGGAUAGAGCCGAUCGCUUGGUGAUAGACAAUGGCACGAGAUACCCCGUGGGAGCCUUUCGACAGAUCUCUACUUUUGUUCUCAACGACCGGAUAGAAGCCGUUGAAGGAUUGGUUGUUGAUACCAAGGACGGAGGGAUUGGCUUCCGGAAUCACACUGCACCUCCAGUCGAGCCAUUCGGGAGUUCCUGGUCUGAAGACCUUCUCUUCAUCGUCCCGGAAACCCAGUGCGUCGACACCAACCUAACCCUGGACUUCUCCAUCCCGCUGAAAAAUUCUGAAUCCAUCGGUGACCAGAUCACCAACCUUGUGUUGACCGAUCGAGGCGGCUUUGCAAAUCUUGUUCAGAAGUAUCCUUAUUGGGACCGCAACGAUACUCAGAGGAAUCCAGAUCUCCGGAAUCGUGCGUACAAGGCUGCCUGGAUAAACAACGUUUGGUCCAUGGCGUUUAUGAACGUAACCAACUUUCGGAAUGAAAGUGACCCGCACUCAAAAGCCUUCAUGUACCUCGACUCAUUCGUCGGCAAGAAGUUUCCACUCCAGUCUAACCACUCAAGUUCGACCUCCCUGUUCAUUGAACCGGAUAGUAUCAUCACAAACUCAUUGUUUGGAUAUUAUCUCACCGGGACGGACGUGGCUGUCAACGGAACCAAUCUCACUUCCAGCCACAUCACCACUCCAGAUAAACCUCCUCUCUUUUCCAAUCCUUGGAAAAUUGACUCAUUGAACUUCUCCUCUGCUAGUAAGUGCAAAUCCGAUAUCUACCAUCUUCUCUAGGCAUCUAUUUGGGUAGACACCACAUCUUACAAUGAGUAACAUGAUUAACAAAUAAAUAAAAUGAAACAGGCCUUCUUUGCACUGGUUUGGGUGGACUCGAUCUGGCAAACAUAACCAAUAUUGCUGCUAGGUGCGGGCUCCAAUACGGCGCA